GCUGACUCAACUGAGAUCAUGGCAUUUGAUGGUACUUGGAAGGUAGACCGGAGUGAGAACUUUGACAAGUUAAUGGAAAAAAUGGGUAUUAAUAUAGCGAAAAGGAAGAUUGCAGCUCAUGACAACUUGAAACUGACAAUUACACAAGAAGGAAAUAAAUUCACGGUCAAAGAAUCAAGCACUUUGCGAGAUGCUGAAAUUGUUUUUGAACUUGGCGUCACCUUUAAUUACAGCCUACCAGACGGAACUGAACUCAGUGGGACCUGGAAGCCGGAGGGAAAUAAACAUGUUGGAAAAUUCACACGGCUAGACAAUGGAAAGGAAACGAAUGUUGUCCGAGAAAUUAUAGGUGGUGAACUAGUCCAGACUUACACAUAUGAAGGAGUAGAAGCAAAGAGGAUCUUUAAAAAGCAAUGAGCAUCAUUCUUGGAGCACAGCCCAGAAUAUAAAUUAGAUGGAAGAUCUAUAUUGUAUCAGAGCUGUUUUUCUCUCUCCUUCAAGGGUACUGACUGAUUAAUCCUUUUACACACAUUGGUAUAUUUCCAUUAUUGCCAAAGCAAAAGAAGUAAAAGCU